UUCCGGUUUCCGGCGGUUUUCCGGGUUCCGGCAGUUUGUUGUGGCGGUGGUGGUUUCGCGGUUGUUCGUUCGUACGGUUCUAGGAUGAAAUAUGGUCCGAUGUCGCCACAGUUCGUAGUUUCGUACGGUCCGAGCUGCCUUGCUGCGUUCGUUUUGUGAGCGUAGCUUGUCCUUCGCUGUGAUUUGUACGUUUGAUGCGUUGAUGUUGUUCAGGUAUGGUGAAUGUCUGUGCCAUCAAAACGUGCCCGAACAGGAACGUCAAAAAUCGUCCUCAGAAGCUGCGUUUUCACAUCAUUCCGACGGAUGAACCGUAUCGAAGUGCCUGGUUGCGUCGCAUUGGGAGACAGGCGGAUGGAGAAAAUUCGACCACUCACUUGCGCGUCUGUGACUUGCAUUUUGAACGUGCCGCCUAUGUGGACUAUGGAAGCCGCGAGCACACCAUAAAGAAAGCUAGACUCCGUUGUGGCGCCGUACCGACGUUGCAUCUCCCCACUAUCGAACCAACAAAACCAUCUGAACCAUCAGAGCCGUCUCCGAAGAGGCUGAAGAGAUCGUUACUUCCGUAUCUGCAACAGAAAACGCAUUCCAAUGAUGGGGCAAGUCGGCAAGGACCGCACAGCAGCCCACGACGCCCAGUCACCAGCACGGAACUGUUGAUCCUCUGUGCAUUUCAGACCCAGAGCCCUGGCUUGCUCGUAGUGAAGACGACCCCACUCCCUACUUUACAAGCGAAGAAAAAGCCGUCACUCCCUCUUUUGCUGCCAAAACUGCCGGCCUUGUGUCCCGUCCCAAUGCCACAAGCGACGGUGAGAGUGGUACAAGUUCCACAUACCCCGUUUCCUGUCCUGUUGUCAAAAGCCUCUUCCGCUGACCCUGAGGCGGAGGAAAAGGCUUCACCCGCAGCGUCAUUGGUUGAAGAUACGACUUUGUGUCCUGACAUAGCCGCACAAAGAACACAAGGCGUACCCGCUAUGUACGACAAGCAGGAUACCAAGACGUGCACGAAGUCAACGCAGACAGAUGGCCUUAUUGGAAAGCGUUCUGUUUGGACACAGAACGACUGCUUCGUGAAAUUACAGCGGCAUCAACAAGUUCAAACCGAUGCCUGUCGAGAACCCGCUACCUCUCUGCAACCGCCACAUCAUUGCUCAACUGAACCAUUACACAGGCAUUAUGAGGAUGAGGACUGUGACGACGAGUACAUCCUAGGAGAUAUAACAUCAGAAAGCGAACGCGCAGAAGGCCGCCCACGUAAGCAUCCCGAUGCACGGCACGACCGCAAGUUCAUGGUCUUUGAAAGUUGCCUGUUGCAGCUGUUCCGAGCAUGCAGUACCUGCUCUGCUGUCUGUGAUAACACAGUGUCAAGGUGUGGGACAAUGAUAACCGUGCGGAGCGCGUGCCCCAAUAAUCACACUCGGACCUGGAGCAGUCAGCCCCUCGUCAACGGGCGGGCAGCGGGGAACAUCCUGCUUGCUGGUGCCGUGCUGUUCUCUGGUCUCAGCCCUACAGCUGUGCUGCAGAUGUUUCGGAACAUUAAUGUACAGACGAUGACCACCCAGUUGUUCUACAUUUAUCAGCGCAGUUUCCUUUUGCCUGCCAUCGAAAGGGUCUGGCUUCAGGAGCAGAGGGCUAUCCUAGACAGUGUGCAAGGACAGGAAGUGCACGUAUCUGGAGCCGGACGGUGCGACUCACCGGGAGUUACCGCUAAGUUUAUGACCUACACGGUACACGUAGAAGAACUGAACAAGAUACUGCACUCUGUGCAGGUUCACCUAGAUCAGUCCGACGAGGUUCUCCAAAGUGUGAGUGUGCAGAAGGAAGGCCUCCUGAGGUGCCUGUCAUUUCUGAAAGAGCAAGGCAUCAAGGCGAAGUCACUGACAACAGACUGCCAUCCAUCAGUACAAAAGUACAUGGAAGCCCAUGAACCUCAUAUUGACCAUUUCUUCGACGUUUGGCACAUAUCAAAACGUCUGAAGAAAAAGCUGACAGCAGCUAGCAAGACAAGAGGAUGUGGUGCCCUCGCAAAGUGGGUUCAGGGCAUGUCCAACCACCUAUACUGGUGUGCCAUAGGAGGGGGUGGGGACAGCCAGCUUGUCCUCGACAUGUGGCAAAGCAUGAUAAACCAUUCAGCCGACAUCCACGACGGGCACGGCGGAAGGUACCCCAGUUGUCUGCACGGGGAGAUCGAGGACGGGGACUGGCUCGACCCGAAAUCGCCGGCUCACGAGAAGUUGAAAGCUAUCGUGAGGAAUCCGCGGCUGUUGAGUGAUCUCAAGAAGGUGUCGCCCACCACGCGAGCACGCGCCCUGGAGUCAUUCCACGGUGUUUUGAUCCGCUUUGCACCAGAAUCGGUGUCCUUUUCACCGGAAGCAAUGCUUGCAAGGACCCAACUGGCCAUGUUGCACUGGAACGAGAACACCGACAGCUGUCGGGCUGUCGCUCCGUCGGGUCACCCACGGCACAAGGUUAAACCUACCAGGUCAAAGAGAGGGCACGAAGUUGUGUGUCCCAUGAAAACAACACCAACAUACCGAUACGUUCAGAAACUACUGGAGCAAGUACAGAAGGAAUGCCUGUCGUGGGAACGACCGGAGACUGUGUCAGGAAACAGGAAGAGGAUGUGUACCAGCCUAAUGAGCAGCUACUUCCCCCGAUAGCCAAUUUCAGUGCUUUUCACUGUACUUUCAAGGUCGCCUCGUAUUUCAAAUGAGAAAUACUCUUUCCUCAGUAUCGAACCAACACAAUUUGCGACGUCAAAACUGUGGUGACGUCAUGCACAUGUUGUCAGGCGUGGAAGUCCAGUUGUCCUUAGAGCCUAGUGCUUUAGGGUUAAACGUGGUAAAACCCAUAUUUGCACCAUCACCAAUUUGCGGUGACACCCUAAAAACGGCCUUGCCAAAAGCACAAAUUCAGCCACCAGUACGUGCACCAACUACCUGGUGCAUUUGGCACUGCACUGCGGUAGCUUGUGCUCAUCUGAAGUCUGAGGACUGCUUAUUUCAUCAAUUGUACACCCAAAAAUCUGGUUGAAAAAAUUAAAUCUACCCCCCCCCCCCCCCCUCUUCUCACAUUCUUACGAAGCACAAAAACUAAGAAAAAAAAACACGAGGGCGCACACAUGCAGUUCUCCCCUUAGAAUGCUUUAUUUUAAUCUCUUGUCAGUUUAGUGAUAUAAUGAGUACUGGCUGCUUGUACCAUGUAUUCCUCGUGAUUUUUUUUUUCUUUUCCAAGUUUGGCUUCUCCCCUGUUGAUUUCCUCAUGCUAGGGUGUGCCCCCUGCAUUCUACUGCCAGUCUCUUGAACAGACACUUGCAGCUUCCUGGAUUGACAGAGAAGUGCGGCGUCCGAGUCUUGUAAAGUUUACUGAUGAUUUCGGGUGCCGAUUUAUUUAUAACGUGUAUUUGGAAUAAAUGUACAUAUGGUCAAAAAUUGCUCUCA